ACUAUAUUUUAAAAGUAUAUGUAACCACGUUUCAUAGAGGAGGUAACAUGAUAACAGAAUGAUGAUGAUGAUAACAUAACCCAGUUUGGUAUUUAAACAUUUUUGUUUAAAUAGGACAAACACUUAUUUUGAAGGUCCCACCGGAAGAUUUCUAUCUGACUGCUUGACCCUACGCGCACAUCUAAUGCGCAGCCACGUCACUAUCCGGUUUCUACGAUAGAGAAGGGCGCGAGAUAGGAAUACAGGAGCGCGGACAACCCGGGCGCUCCGCUCCAGAUGACUACAAGCUGCAACGUUACCGUUCAACACAACAGGGCCGAGCCUCCAUCACCACCACUGGCCACUUCAUAAAAACAAUAUACACGCGGAAUACAACCAUAUAAUAACGAAUAUACAUGCACAUGACCUGCAACAGCAGGAGGACAAAGCACCGUCUGGUCUGACCGUAAACAACAGAAACAGAGGGAAAUGUCUUGGUGGACGCGCGGUGAUGAUGGAGAGGAGGCCAUGCAUCAAGACACUGAUUCUGAUGUGGCAGAACAGAGAGACGGUGGGAAAGUGAAAGUGAAAUGGACUCAAGAAGAGGAUGACAAGCUCAAGGCGUUGGUUCAAAAACUGGGACCAAGUGAUUGGAAAUAUAUUUCCAGCUUCAUACCAAGUCACACUGAACACCAAUGUCAGCACCGAUGGUUUAAGGUCUUGGAUCCAGAAUUGGUUAAAGGUCCUUGGACCAAAGAAGAGGAUGAAAAGGUUAUUGAGCUUGUGAAUCUCUACGGCAACAAACAGUGGGCAAUGGUAGCCAAGCAUCUGAAGGGCAGACUAGGGAAGCAGUGUAGGGAGCGCUGGCACAACCACCUCAAUCCUAAUGUGAAGAAGUCAUCAUGGACUGCCGAGGAGGACCUCAUCAUCUACAAGGCUCACUGCCUGCUUGGAAACCGCUGGGCUGAGAUUGCCAAGCUGCUUCCUGGAAGGACAGAUAAUGCAGUGAAGAAUCACUGGAAUUCAACCAUAAAACGCAAGUUAGAGAUGGGCUUCUAUGCUGGGGAGGUCUUUAGGCCAAAUGAACUUGAAGAGCUGUUGGCCCGUGUUAAUAAAGAUGUGCAGAUGCCCAGUUGCUCGCAAGAUGGUGCAGACAAGGACCCAGAGCAGAAAACACAUUCUUCAUUACAGGAAACGCCUGUCUCAGCCUCUGUUAAAGCUGGCCCCAGUGAAGCAGGGCCAUCAAAGGCUGUGUCCUCUCCAAAGGACAGUUCAAGCCCCAAGACUGAUGCAGACACCACAGGAGAAAUGAACUGUUCCAGCUGGGUGGUGGACAGCUCAGGCUUUCUCUCCCCUACUGGGCCAGCCCUGAAGGAAGUGCUGGAUAUGGUGGAUGGGGACCUCGAUGGCUGGUGCAACCUAGCAGCCUUUGACCUGCCUGAGGACAGUCCGAGCCCAGAGCGCCACCAGUUUCGUCUGGAGGGCAGCGCCUUGCAGGAGUUGAGCAAAGGCAGCAAGGGGGAACUCAUCCCCAUCUCUCCUGGAGGUGUCACACCCCCCUCCAUACUGAAUCGCCGGAGCCGGAGACGCAUUGCCUUGUCUCCCGAUGCCAAUAACUCCAUGACUCCCAAGAGCACUCCUGUCAAAAUUUUGCCCUUUUCUCCAUCUCAAUUCCUCAACAUGUGGACCAAACAGGACACUCAUGACCUGGAGAACCCGUCCCUCACGUCCACGCCAGUGUGCAGCCAGAAAGCCAUUGUUACUACACCGCUACAGCGUGACAAGACCCCCCUCACUCAGAAGGAAAACUCAGUAUUUGUUACACCCAACCACAAGUCCGAGCUCUGUCCGACCCCACGAACUCCGACGCCGUUCAAAAAUGCCAUGGAGAAGUACGGUCCUCUGCAGCCGCUGCCUCAGACUCCGAACCUUGAAGACGACAUAAACGAGGUCAUCCUAAGAGAUGCUGGGAUUGACUUGGUUGUUGUACGUUCGACUCCGCCUGAGCAAAGACGCAAAACGAUGCAUCGGGUUCCUAUGAAGAAAGUGCGGAAAUCAUUGGCACUAGAUGUCAUGGACUGCCAGGUGACGCCCACAUCCAAACGCAAAUCGCUCAAAACUGAAGCCAAACACAGCAUCAAGGAAGAACCUGCUUCUCUCAACUCCUCAUCAUUUUGCAGUAAGCGGCAUGAAAAUAUUUUGGAUCAGGGCUUCCUUUUGGGACCUAGUGACAGUGCCAUAUUUCCCAGCACGGUGCCCCCAGUUCUGAUGUCAAAAGAAUGGGAGACGGUGGUUUGUGGACAAACUAAAGACCAGCUCAUAAUGACAGAGAAAGCAAGACGCUACCUUCGCUCACUAAAAUCCUACGCUCCCAACCGGGCUCUGAUUCUGUCCUGAGACAUUUGUUAUCUUUACACCAACAUGUAACACAUACCUUAACCACACAACUUAAUGUUGCUGUUUUUCCCCUUUCUUUUUACUGUAGUAAUUUGUGAUGGAGAAAAGAACACGUAAUGUGAAGGUUUAAUACAGUUUUUGAACAAGUCAUUUGCAAUCAAAACACUGACAAUAUACAGCCCUAUUAAUAAUUUUGAGAGAGAAUGGUGCUUUUAGAUUUAGUCUCACUCAAAUGGCCUUGUGCAAAGCUUGGAAAAACAAGUUAAUCACAUUUCAGAACAAGCUUUAUUUCAUUCUAUUGUUGUCACUUAAACGUGUUUGAAAAUAACAAUGAAUGUAAAAUUGAAAAAUCACGGCUAUAUACUUUUGCUAUUACUGAAAAUACAUGGUUUUACAUUGCAUAAUGUGCUUGUAAUUAAACAGUUUUUUAAAGUUGUGAAGAGUACAAACACUCAGGUUGCACCUCAAUAUCUAGAGUUCUGAUGUAUAACUUGAAUAUGGAGUAAAUUCAGACAGGUUGAUCAGUAAUACAUUUAGAGAUGAUCCAUGUUGAAAAUGUUGAGUGAACAUUGUCUUGUAAGAUCAGUUUAGCAUUUGUCUAGAUUUAUAAUAUACAUAAAAAUAUUCAUUAAAAGUGAAGACCUCACACGGGGAAUAUUAUACACCUGCUGGAAUUUUAAUAUUGACUGCAGCACACAUCAGUAAUCUGUCAAGGUGGCUUACUACUUUUUAAAAUCCAACAAAGUGAUGAAUACACUUGGGAAGGGUUUUUUUUUUUUUUUAAUGUAGUAGCCAAGUAGUUGAAAUGUAAUGGAGGUAUGGAAGCUGUACCAGCGUUGAUGGCAAGGGUAUUAUUAUUUGGCACUGUUUGUAAAUAUUUAGUGUUAAGAAAUUUAAUAAAACCAAUAUGUCCAAUA